AUAAUAUCUGUGAUCGUCGCCAUUUUUGUUUCCAAACAUACACUAAUAAUCUAUACCAAAGGAAUUAUUUAAAUACAAUGAACAACAGACCUGAAAAACAUAACAAACUUUCAAGAGAGCAAAUUGAUGCUCUUAAUUACUAUUUUGAGAAUGGCAUGAAAUCUACUCUGUGUUUUGAGUUGAUAAAAACAGCCGCCGAAGAAACGUCGUUGUCUGUGGACAAGGUCAAGAUGAAGUAAAGGGGUUGUCUCACCAGAGUGAAAAAAAUAAAUUGGCUUCUGUCAAAUGGAUUGGUUUAGGAGAAUCCGAGCAAAAUAAAUACAUACAGAAAGCUAAUUACAUGAAAAACAACCCAGUGACAUUAGAUGAUGCUCAAAGAACAAAAUUGGUUGAUCAGCAUAUGAAACUUUUAGCUGAGGAGUUCAGUUACUUGGAGUAUCUUGGUUGCCAGGCCAGCUGCUUACUGGUGAAUGGAAAAAAAGAACUUUAUGUCCUUGGUUCAUCAGGAGGAAAAAGAUUUGUUCACAAUGAACCAGCAGUUUUGUGCAAGUUUCAAGCAAUGUUUGAUGUAGACCGAGAAAAACAGAAAUGGACUCAUGAGGAUGUAAGAAUGCUCUUUAACAAGAAGUAUGGUGAAGCAAAAGGUGUGACUGGUUCUCGCGUUCCAUAUCUUUCUGGUGGUUUUCAUGUUGAAGGACUACCAGAUAACAUUCGCCUAAAGAAGCCACGACAAUAUGGCUCAAAGGAAAUACAAAAAAUCAUGGACUGCCAGGACAGUAUUUCCUUCAUUCUUGAAACGUCAGAAGGUGCACCUUUGCAAGAUUUUGGUGAAGACUGCAAGGAAUUGCUUAGUAAUGUAUUCGGAAAAUGUGACUUUAAAGUAUCAAAAGAAGAUGUGGAGGUAUUGGAUAUUAAUGAGACACAUAGCAUUUCUGAAAUCAAAGAAAUAAUAUCAACACACUGGAAAGUGUUAUGUCCAGAAGCUUUGACAGAGUUAAAAAAAAAAUUGAAUGCAUAUGUGUCUCAGGCAAAUCAUUUCGUUUUGCCUGUGUACUGUGAUGAUGAGGAAAGUCAGUUCUGGCUUUUUCAUUUACAGGAUCUCUACAAGCUCUGCACCAGAUAAGCGCAAGAGGUAAAUUGACAGGAUGUUGGCUAAAUCAUGAGUCAGGCAAUACCUUCCACCUUAUUAAAAAA